AUGGUAGUAGGUGCCAGGGUAGUAGUAGAGCUCAUCAGGAUUGUUGUUGUCACCCAUGACACAGACCCAGCAUCUUCCCACCUGGAGAUUGUGGACAUCACCCCAAAAACAGAGGCAGACCCGGCUUGUUCCCACCUGGAGGUUGUGGACAUCACCCCAAAAACAGAGGCAGACCCGGCUUGUUCCCACCUGGAGGUUGUGAACAUCACCCCUAACACAGAGGCAGACCCGGGUUGUUCCCAACUAGAUAUUGUGGACAUCACCCCAAAAACAGAGGCAGACCCGGGUUGUUCCCACCUGGAGGUUGAGGAUAUCACCCCUAAGACAGAGGCAGACCCGGCAUCUUCCCACCUGGAGGUUCAAGACAUCACCCCUAACACAGAGGCAGAGCCGGCUUCUUUCCACCUAAAUAUUGUGGACAUCACCCCUAAUACAGAGGCAGAGCCCAUCUCUUCCCUCUUGGAGGUUGUGGACGUCACACCUGAAGAAAGGACUCUCACGAUGGCCGUCUUCACCACUCUGCCAGCUGACAUCCAAGCAGAGGAUGUUGCUGUGGUCAUCCCGGAUGUCACCCCACACGUAACCAAGGACGUGACACUGGAUGUUCCAUGUAGAGCUAGGAAAGGGGCAGUCCGGCGAUUAUUUUGCAGGCUUUGGAAGGCAGUGUGCUGCUGCGCCUGCUACAAGGAAGAGGAGGAACAAUAUUAAUUAUUCAUCAGACAUUCAGA